AUGGCCAAGGUUUUGGAUAUUGAUAAAGGAUCUGAAGGAAGUAACAAUGAAUUUAGCAACAUCAUUAAAUCCAGAUCUGAUGAACACAAAGAUGUACAAAAGAAAACCUUCACCAAGUGGAUAAACACUCGUUUUUCGAAGUUUGGAAAACAGCCAAUAAAGGAUAUAUUCACAGAUCUUCGAGAUGGGAGGAAACUCUUAGAUCUUUUAGAAGGGCUAACAGGGAAGCCACUGCUAAAAGAACGUGGAACUACUAGAGUCCAUGCUUUGAAUAAUGUCAACAAAGUACUCCAGGUUUUACAUCAGAACAAUGUGGAUCUGGUGAACAUAGGAGGGACAGACAUUGUUGAUGGAAAUCACAAGCUGACACUUGGAUUGUUAUGGAGUAUAAUUUUGCACUGGCAGGUUAAAGAUGUAAUGAAAGAUAUAAUGUCAGAAUUACAGCAAACCAAUAGUGAAAAGAUCCUGUUGAGCUGGGUGCGGCAGUCCACAAAGUCAUAUAAUGAAGUUAAUGUUUUGAAUUUCACCACCAGCUGGACAAAUGGACUUGCCUUCAAUGCAUUGAUCCACAGGCAUAAACCUGAGCUCUUCCGCUGGGAUAAGGUCAUCAAAAUGGCUCCACACGAAAGAUUAGAACAUGCCUUCAACAUAGCUAAAAAUUGCUUGGGAAUAGAAAAAUUGCUGGAUCCUGAAGAUGUUGCUGUACAGCUUCCUGAUAAGAAAUCCAUGAUCAUGUAUUUGACAUCUUUAUUUGAGGUCCUUCCACAACAAGUUACUUUGGAAGAUAUUCGAGAAGUAGAGACUCUUCCAAGGAAAUAUAAAAAGGAAUGUGAAGAAAAUAUACAGUGUGCAACAUCUGAAGAUGAUUGUGCAGAUCUAAAAGCAGAAGCAUCCAGCACCUUGACUGGAGUGGAUAUGGAUUUGGACAGCUACCAGAUAGCUCUGGAGGAAGUUCUCACUUGGCUGCUCUCUGCAGAAGAUGCCCUCCAAGAGCAGGAAGUCAUAUCUGAUAAUGUUGAGGAAGUCAAGGAACAAUUUACUACACAUGAAGAAUUUAUGAUGGAGCUGACAGCGCAUCAGAGCAGCGUGGGUAGUGUGCUUCAGGCUGGUAAUCAACUGAUAGCCCAGGGCAAUAUUUCAGUAGAAGAAGAAAAUGAAAUCCAGGAACAAAUGAACUUGUUGAAUUCUAGAUGGGAGAGUCUCAGAGUGGACAGUAUGGACCGCCAAUCCUACCUCCAUGAUGCACUGAUGGAGCUACAGAAGAAUCAGUUGCAGCAACUGUCUGACUGGUUGACUCUUACAGAAGAACGCAUUCGAAAGAUGGAAUCUCUGCACUUAGUUGAAGAUUUGCAGACCUUUCAACAUCAGAUGGAUGAACAUAAAGAGCUCCAAAAAGAUAUUGAAGCAGAACAGGCUAAAGUCAAUUCGUUGACUCACAUGGUGGUCAUUGUUGAUGAAAAUAGUGGUGAAAGUGCUACAGCUCUGUUGGAGAAUCAAUUGCAAAGACUUGGUGAGCGUUGGACUGCAGUUUGCCGCUGGACUGAGGAACAAUGGCUCAAAUUGCAAGAGAUUAAUACCUUGUGGGAAGAAUUGUUGGAAGAACAGAGCAUGUUGAAAACCUGGUUGGUUGAAAAAGAGGAAGCUUUAAGCAAAAUACAAACAUGCAACUUCAAAGAUCAAACAGAGCUUGGUGCAAAUGUUCGAAAACUGGCAAGUCUGAAAGAAGACAUGGGAAAGAAGCACCAGAUGUUAGAGCAGCUGAAUGAGAUGACCCAGGAUUUGGCACAGCUCCUAAACAACAAGAAGGCAUUAAAAAAAAUUGACAGUAAUCUUGAAGAACUAGCACAGAGAUGGGACAACUUAGUUCAGAAACUUGAAGAUUACUCUAAUCAGGUUACUGAGGCGGUUGUAAAAGUUGGAAUGCCCCAGAUUUCUCAGAAUAUUCUCACUGAAACAAUCCUGGUCAAAAAACAAAAAACAGCGCAGGACGUCCAAAUGGAAGAGUCUCCUCCACCUCUACCAAGGAGGCGGCAAACUGGCCUAGAUACUGAAAUGAGAAAAAAGUUUGAUGUUGAAAUUGUGGAGUUGUUGAAUGGGAUUUUAAAAUCAAAAGCUGCCAUUGAGGCCAUGGAGAUCAAAGAGUACAAGAAGAUGAGAGAGACUUCAGGCAUGAAAGAAAAACUGAAGGCCAUGAAAAAAAAAAGAGUGGAAAAAGAGAAAAUGUUGAAUGAAUUGAAUCAGGCUGGAGAACAUCUGCUGGACCAAAUGGGAAAAGAAGGGCUUCCUACCGAAGAAACAGGCAAUGCCCUUAAAAAGCUCUUGGCAGAAUGGAAAGGGGCUACUUGCUAUUUGGAAGAAGUAGCAAGAAAAGUGCAAUAUCAGGAUGAAAUCAAUAUUUACUUUAGUGAGUUGGAUAAGCUUGAUAAGUCUGUGAGCGAAAAAGAAGCAUGGCUGCAAGACAAUUCUGCAGUAGCUGAGCAUCAACCAUUAGCAGUGUUGCAGGAGUUGUGCCAGAAGGAACUCAAAAACCUCUUAAGUCUAACUCCUCAAAUGGAACAUUUGAAGAUCAAAUGCAAGGAGCUGACAUCUCAUCCUGCUGCUCCAGACUUUAUUGAAGACAGCUUUUGCUCUUUGAACAGCCGCUUCAGUUCUGCCCAGCAGGAACUAGAACUUCUUCUGCAGAAGCUGAAGAGAGAACUUGAAAGUCAGCCCCCUAAGACUUAUUUGGAUUCUUUGAAAAAAAUUAAGGAUGAGUUGAACGAAUUGGAAAGCAAAGUGCACUCCAUCAUGAAUUCAGUGAAUGACUUGAGUCAGGUUGAAAAAGCCUUGCAGCAAACUAAGAUGGUUUGUGAAACCCUAGAAAAUCAAAAAGGCACAGUCGAUAAACUUGUUGCAGACACACAAGUAUUGGAAAAGCAUAUUUCUGCUGAAAAAUCAAAACUAUACAAGAAAGAAUUGAAAUGUUUGCAAGGAUAUAGGGAUAAAUUAAAACUAAAGAUUUCUGAAGAUGUUCACUUAUUGGAAGAAACUGUUUCCAGAUUGAGAAUAUUUGAGGCUGAUUCAAAAGUAGUUCAGAGGUGGCUGGAUUCUGUGAAAGAUUUCCUAAUGAAAGACCAAAUGAAGCAAACAGAAUCUGAAUGUCUUCAGAGACAGCUUGAUCAAUGCACGCUGUUUAUUAUUGAAAUGGAAAAGAUUGAGUUGUCUCUAAAAGAGAUGAAGGAAAUAGAUUCUUCUUUAAGAAGCCAGCCUGCUAAUGCUUGGGUGAAAUCCAAACUGACAGACAUCCAAUCCCAGUGGGACAAACUAAGCAAGCAGAUCAUUAGCCAUAAAAAUCAAUUAUCAGAAAAUCAAGAAAAAGCUGUCAAUCUCAAAAAGGAUGUGGCAGAAAUGCAAGAAUGGAUGGCUCAGGCUGAAGAGGAAUAUUUGGAGAAGGAUUUUGAAUAUAAGAAUCCAGAUGAGCUAGAGAAUGCAGUGGAAGAAAUGAAGAGAGCAAAGGAAGAUGUGCUGCAGAAAGAAGUGCGGGUGAAAAUUCUGAAAGACAGCAUCAAAAUGCUAGCUGCUAAACUGCCAUCUGGCGGUCAGGACUUAACAACAGAGCUCAACCUUGUAUUGGAGAAUUACCAGCUACUGUGCAACAGGAUCAGAGGGAAAUGCCACACUUUGGAAGAAGUAUGGUCUUGUUGGAUUGAACUGCUACACUAUCUGGACCUAGAAGCAGCCUGGUUGAAUACUUUAGAAGAGAAGAUGAAAACAACUGAACACUUGCCAGAGAAAAUAGAUGCUGUCAGUGAAGCCCUUGAGUCACUGGAAUCCAUUCUGCGUCAUCCAGCUGAUAAUCGGACUCAAAUUCGGGAGCUUGGUCAAACAUUGAUAGAUGGAGGUAUUCUUGAUGAAAUCAUCAGUGAAAAGUUGGAAGUUUUCAAUGCCCGUUAUGAGGAAUUAAGUCAUAUGGCAGUCAGUAAGCAGAUUUCUUUGGAGCAACAACUUCAAAUGAUGCGGGAAACUGAGCACAUGUUGCAAGUUCUUCAGGAAAGCUUGAAGGAUUUGGAUAGGCAGCUAACAUCCUAUUUGACCAAUAGAAUAGAUGCCUUCCAAAUGCCUCAAGAGGCACAGAAAAUCCAGGCUGAGAUUGCUGCCCUUGAGUCCACCUUGGAAGAGCUUAGAAAGAAUGUCUAUUCUUUAAUGCCACCUUCACCAGAAUGCCGAUCUUCCCGUGGUGGGACUCAUUUGGAUGUCUUGCAGAGAAAGCUCCGGGAGGUAUCCACGAAGUUCCAGCUCUUCCAGAAACCAGCAAAUUUUGAGCAGCGUAUGCUGGAUUGUAAACGAGUUCUGGAUAGUGUAAAAGUUGAACUCCAUAUCUUGGAUGUGAAGGAUAUUGAUCCGGAUAUCAUUCAGUUUCACUUUGAUAAGUGCAUGAAACUCUAUAAGACCCUGAGUGAAGUAAAGCUUGAAGUGGAGACAGUGAUCAAAACAGGAAGGCAGAUUGUACAGAAACAACAGACAGACAACCCCAAAAGCAUGGAUGAACAACUGACAGCACUGAAAUUCCUUUACAAUGAUUUGGGAGCGCAGGUGACAGAAGGCAAACAAGAUCUGGAACAGGCAUUGCAACUCUCGUGCAAAUUCAGUGAAGUCUCCCUCUCCUUAUCCAAAUGGUUAGAGGUGACAGAAGCUGAACUGGUGCACAAGUCCACUUCAGAACGUUUGCUUUCUGAUCUGGACACUGAAAUUGCUUGGGCUAAGAAUGUGCUGAGAGAAUUGGAGAGGAAGAAAGUCGAUCUGAACAGUGUAACAGAGAGCAGUGCUGCACUGCAGGCCUUAGUGGACGGAAGUGAAGCUCCUCUGGAGGAAAAACUCUGUGUCCUUAAUGCUGGAUGGAGCAGAGUCCGAACCUGGACCGAAGAUUGGUGCAAUACACUUCUGAAUCACCAAAGCCAACUGGAGAUUUUUGAUGAGAACGUUGCCCACAUAAGCACUUGGCUGUACCAAGCUGAAGCUCUGUUGGAUGAGAUUGAGAAAAAGCCUGCCAACAAGAAAGAGGAGACAGUAAAGCGUCUAACAUCAGAAUUGGAUGCUGUUAGUCUCAGAGUUGAUAAUGUGCGGGACCAAGCUGUUAUACUGAUGAACAGUCGUGGGGUAUCAUGUCAUGAGCUUGUAGAACCCAAAUUGACUGAACUGAAUAGGAACUUUGAAAAAGUAUCACAGCACAUCAGAAGUGCUAAGAUGCUGUUCAGUCAGGACGCUCAUAAAAAGUUUGCUAAGCAGGAGCUCUGUGGAAUUUCAGUGGCUUCUAAAGACCUUGAUAAAUUUGAAUGUGAGAUAAAGGAAAUGCUGACCAUAGUGGAAAAACACAUGGAGUCAAAAGAAGAUGAUGAAAAGCUGGAUGAAGAAAGAGCCCAAAUUGAGGAAGUUCUGCAAAAAGGCGAGCAUUUGUUACAGCAGUUCAUGGAAGAUAACCGGAGAGAAAAAAUUCGUUUGCAGCUCCUUCUCCUUCAGACCAAGCAAAGCAAUGCAAAGGAGCUUCGGUCAUUACAAAGGAGGCAGGUGUCAGAACUUCCACCUUCAUUUACUCUAUAUGAAAUGGAAGCAGAGAGUCAUUUGCAGUGGCUUAGUGAAACAGACACAAGUCUUUCUGGACUUCAAGAAGCAGAAGAGAGGGAGAAAACAAAGGGAACUCCACAGAGGAUUCAAGGGUCUCAGUCAUCAAUGACCAGGGAAUCUCCAUUCCCCGCAGAAUACCUGGUUGAAAUUAACAAGAUUUUGCUGGUUAUAGCUGAUGCUGAGCUCUUGCUAAAUGCUCCAGAACUUCAUUCAGCAAUUUAUGAAGACUUUUCUACUCAAGAAGAUUCAUUAAAGAGCAUAAAAGAUAUGUUGGAUAAAUUAGAAGAUCAGAUUGCAGUUAUUCAUGAAAAGCAACCUGAUGUUAUACUAGAAGCAUCUGGACCUGAAGCUGUUCAGAUAGAAGAUUCACUAACGCAGCUUAAUGCAGAAUGGGACCGAAUUAACAGAAUGUACAAUGACCGCAAAUGUUGUUUUGAUAAGUCUAUAGAGGAGUGGAGACAGUUCCAUUGUGAUCUAAAUGAUCUCUCACAGUGGCUAACAGAAGCAGAAGGGUUGCUGGCUGAAGCCCACGUUCCAGAUGGCAGCCUGGAUAUAGAAAAAGCCAGGAUACACCAGCAGGAACUUGAAGAGGGAAUCAGCAGCCAUAAGCUCAGUUUCUCAACACUGAAUAGAACAGGAGAGGAAAUAAUCCAGAAACUCCCCAAUACAGAUGGAAAGUUCCUGAAAGAAAAACUAGCUGGACUGUAUAAACGCUGGAAGAACAUCAAUGCUGAAAUCGUGGAAAGGCAACAGAGACUGAAAGGAAAAAAUCAGCAAUUAAUAGACUUCACAAGAAAACUGGAAGAAAUUAGUUGCUGGGUGGAAAAUGUAGAAAAUUCCCUGGAUGAGAAACCUGCAAUCAGUCAAGAAGAGAAUUUACAAGAAUUAAUGGCAAAAUUUGAAGCAUAUUACUGUCCUGAUUAUAUAGAGAGAUAA